AUGGAAACCCCAUGUUUUAGUUCCCUCAACUUGAUUAUUGAAUGGGCUGGAUAUGGGGUCAGUCGGAAGGCUUCCCUACCGAGCUACUUCCAUUUAGCCGACAGCAAGUGGCGGGGGAUUCAAAGGGAGCUCAAAAGAAACACCUGGACCCUCCACCCUAACCCAAAUUCUGGCCCAGAACUCGAAGGUGCUUCAAAUUUGGAGGCUGAUGCUGACUUUCCUCCUGCGCCGGCCCCCAAUUCCCGGUUUGGGCCGCCCAAGCCUGUUACCUAUCACAUUGAGCAGAGCUCGGAAUGA